AUGUAUCCUGAGGCCAAUCUUUCCAUCUGGGGAUGGGGAGGUUUGGGAGUCUUGCUCUUCCUCAUCACAUUCGGACCAUUUGCCAUCUUUUAUCUGGCAUUUUAUAUCUUCUGUUUUUUUGGCGGGGGCUUUGCAGUCACGCUUUUAUUUGGAAAAACAAAUUCUGAAAAACACCUAGAGAAGUGUGAACACUCCUACUUGCCUCCUACUGCAACAGGCAUAGCAAAGACGUUGGAGGAGCUGAAGCAGGAAGCAAAGCCCAUAAAGAUAGACCGGCGUCUGACGGGGUCCAACAUUAUCGACGAGCCUCUCCAACAGGUGAUUCAGUUUGCAUUGAGAGACUACAUCCAGUACUGGUAUUACACACUGAGUGAGGAUGAGUCCUUCCUGUUGGAGAUCAGACAGACGGUGCAGAAUGCCCUUGUGCAGUUUUCCACAAGGUAG